GAGGAGAGCACUUCCUGCCUCGUUCCUUCCGGCGGGGUUGAAGCUGAGCUGCCUCGCCUUGCCUCGGGUGUCGCGAGAAGGACGUCGGCGCGCCGCAUUCCUGCCCUCUCCUCUUCCUUCCUCUCUCCUUCCUCACCGAGAGCGUGAGAAGGAGCCUCCGCCUCUGCCGCGUUUCUCCUGGGUUAAGUUGGGCCUGCUGCUGCUGCCGCGGCCUCCGACGACGACGCCAUGCCGAAGAAUAAAGGUAAGGGAGGUAAAAACAGAAGGCGAGGUAAGAAUGAAAAUGAAUCAGAAAAAAGAGAACUGGUGUUCAAAGAAGAUGGACAAGAGUAUGCUCAAGUUAUCAAAAUGCUGGGAAAUGGUAGACUGGAAGCAUUAUGUUUUGAUGGUGUAAAGAGGUUAUGCCAUAUCAGAGGAAAACUGAGGAAAAAGGUUUGGAUAAAUACAUCCGAUAUCAUAUUGGUGGGUUUGAGAGACUACCAGGAUAACAAGGCUGAUGUAAUUCUAAAGUACAAUGCAGAUGAAGCCAGAAGUCUGAAGGCAUAUGGAGAACUCCCUGAACAUGCCAAAAUUAAUGAAACUGAUACAUUUGGGCCUGGAGAUGAUGAUGAAAUCCAGUUUGAUGACAUCGGGGAUGAUGAUGAAGACAUUGAUGAUAUCUAAAUGGAGCAGAGGUAUACAUUCCAACUUUGUACCUCAAGAUUUUUUUUCAAAUCCCUAUCUUUAAGAAGACUGAAACGGCACAUUUGUAGUAACUAAAAACCAAUUUCCGCCCAUUCUUUUAAGUAUUUAUAUUUCUGUAAAAAAAACAGAUAAUGUUGGAUUCACAAAAGUUAAAUGAAAUAUUACAACUAUUUUUCUCUCUUUACCAUAGACUUUUGCAUCUCUGUGUAAAUACACUAUAAAUCCCCUCAUUUGCUUCACUUGUUUUUACCACUCAAGUUCACUAAACCUAUUUUUUGAAAUAAAAAUGUCCUUAUCAUGGAUUUGAUUAAAUACCAGCUUGGGUUUAGUGUCCAACCUGCUAGUGCUGUGUCUUUUCCAUAGUGUCCUUUAAAGUCAAUUUGUAAGAUUUUCAUAACAGAAAGGACAGAAGUCUUCAUUAAAAUCCAUAGUAGCUGAAUCUGCUUUUAAGGUUUUAGUUGCCUGUUAUUUUUAUACUGCUUUUGAUAAUAAAUUUCCUCUCUUUCACAGAUGAGCUUGCCAUAGUGGAGAAAAAUAAAAUCUAAAACAUUAUUUGUGUUUGAACAGCAAUUCUGUAUGUAGUAAUAAUACUGGUUAAACACUGGGUAGUAUUAAAUACAAGCUAUUGUGAAUUAGAAAAGGCACUUUUCUCUUGAAGUUAAACAUUUAAAUUUAAUGUAUUAAUACAUUUAUAUUUAUACAUAUUAUUUGGGUACAAAUACUUGCAGGGGAUCGCGAAAAAGGUAAUUCCACUGAUUUCUUCUCUUUCGUUGAAAGUAGGGGUUGGAUGGUGCAGUGGAGACUGAAGGAGAAAGGGGAGUCUCUGCUGGAUCUCAAUUCUUUCUAGGAGAAUUCUGUUCCCUGUAGUUUAUAGAAGGCAAACCUUGCAUCAAGUCCAUUUAGAAUAUUUUAAAAUACUUAGUAAAGAUAUUAAAGAUGUUUGAAUAGUAUAAUUUUAAAUGUCUUUAAGUCCAUCAAUUAAUACAGGGAUUGGGAGCUUCCAGAGAUUAUAUUGGUAUCUGACUGAGUAGUGCUCUUGGGAAUGUUCCUCCAAACCACAAGUCUCAGUCACAACUAUAUCUGCCCCAUAUUAUUUCCCAGUCCACGAGGAUAUGUGACAGAUGAAGUCAACUCCUUAAAUAAAAUAAUGCUGGAGUCCAGUAUUGUCAAGGUUCACCCCCUAUUCCACCUAAUCCAUUAUAAGGUUCACCUGGAUAAAGUUAAUGCAGAUUAAAAGUUCUGAAGAUUUCCCUUAGAAAUCAGCAGUCAGAUACUAGUAAACCUUUCAGUUUGAAUGGGAGUGGUACACAUAGUCCUAUACAUAUUUACACAUUUUAGAGUGGGUUCAUAUCUCUGGUAUUAUCCAGACUGAUUGCCACAAUUUUCAUGUAAAAUAUUCAUACUUAAAACAGAAUGUUUUUUAACUGAGAAAAUGAGAACUUCAGGAAUGGAAGUGCAUUCAGCCACAUAGAUUUACAGUUGCAUACAUGCAGUACAGUGGAAUUAACCUCCCCAUAUUGAGUUUUAAAGUUAUGUGUUUGCUGAUAGAUACAGAAUUCUCUCAUGGUUUCCUUCAUGAGCAUUUGAUAUUAAAUGAUGCAAACUGUUCGAUGUGAAUUAUGAGUUUUACCCUUUAUAAAUGAGAGAGAAGGUUUUAAAUUCGCAAAACCUGUCUUUGUUGCAUUUGGCAUGUAGUUUCUUGAGAAGUUGCUUGUAUCUUACUCUGGAUAAUCAUGCAAAAAUAUUGUUGAAUAAACAAAUGUGCUAUCUGAUAGUAUUAUAGCACAAAUAUUUGAUUGGAAAUAUGUAGUAGACAUAUGAGAUGGUAAGAUCAGCUAUUUUGCUCCUGGUAAGAUUUUUACUAAUGUUGAAAUAAAGGAUAAGAGUAACUGUCUGAUAUGUAAAUGUGUAUAUAUUUAACAGCAACAAACCAAAUUUUAAAAAUUAGAAAUAUGUGAGACUUUUCAGAUGUGGAGAAUCAAAGAUUCAAUUAUAAGCUUUUUACAAAAAUUGUUUUUCCACUGUUCUUCUAUUUUUUUCUGUCCUAAGCUCCUGCUUCUUUCUGUAGAAGAAUGAUUUCUCACAUGAAAGCAGAUUCAUUAUAUCUGUGCAUCUUAAACAUGAUUAUUUGGCCUCUUCUCCAAGGAUCUUGGUACAAAGAAACAUGAGUGAAGUAUCUUUUUUAUAUAUUUGCAGCAACAUGAAACUUAUGGCUUGAAAUGAGAGAAUAUGCAUGGUCCAAGGCCACCAGUGACCUUCAUGGCUCACUAGGGAUUUGUAUCUGCAUCUCACUCUUUCAAUCAGUUUCCCACUAGAUUUAAGUUGUAUCUGUCAGAUACAAGUUUUGCAGGUAUUGUCUCCACUAAGAUCGGAUCACUUUCAGGCUGUACAUUAAUUUUCCUCUUCAUUAAGCAAGAUAUAAACUAUGCAUGCAUUAACUUCUAAAAAUACUUUUAAUUUUAAGCGCAUGAAUACAAGAUGUUAAAAUGUUUUCUUUUUGCAGUAAUGUAAAGUUGCAAACUAUGUACCUAAAUUUACGUUGUUCAUGGUGACAUAAUUAAAAAGACAUGAAACUCAA